AUGUCGGAUCCAUCGACCCGACGUGUAGCCUAUGUGCCCCGCCAUAAGCGCAAGCAACAGUCGACUCGGUUGCAUGGGGCUUUCGCCGGCGGGUUUUCGGCUGGAUAUUUCAACACUGUAGGUUCCAAAGAAGGGUGGAAACCCCAACUUGAAAACGACGUUAAUGAAAGCGGUGAUAUCCAGCCUGUAGUACAGCAGCGACCAGAAGACUUUAUGGACGAACAAGAUCAUGACGAAUGGGGUGGACCCCUCGCAUUGCAAGAUAGCUAUGCCGAAUCGAAAACAUCAGCAUCUCGUGCAACUAAGCCUCUGGAUAUUCUGUGGACCGUCGAUGUGCCUAAAAACGUCGGAAGUCAACUCCUGCGUCGCUUAGGUUGGAGAGAAGGAUCGACGUCGGCUUAUAUUUCAGAUGAAGCCGACACGCUGCACGAUGCUAGCAGUACUUCAAGGAAGAGUCCUUCACCUAAAAGGCGACGCAGAAUUCGGCUGCAUCAGGAACGCGUACGUAUACCCCAGCCAAAGUUGGACACCUGUGGUUUGGGCUACGAGCCAUUUCAGGAUGCACCCGAGUUCCGUAGGCAUCACGAUCGGAGACGGAAAUUGGCGCAAGAACGAGCCCAGGUUUCCAACCAUGAUGUUUACCGGCUUUCGGAUGUCGUCAAAGGUGAUAAUGGCGCCCACAAUGAGAUCCAGUCCAAGUUUCGGUGUCCAACAAUUGAUGCAGACGAUCCAUACGUGUCGUACGAAACAGUAGAAGAUUUUGUUGGGAAACGGUCGGUAGGAGGCUUUGCUCUUCAUGAAGAUGUGGAUGAUGCUUACGAUGCGGCAAGUCUCAGCAAAAAUUCGGGGAAGGUGAAUAUUGAUACAGAGGCCUACGAUACUGUUUUAUACGAGAACGGUAGCGAUAGUGAGGCAGAUGCGGAUUCCAAAAUAGAUGUUAAGGAAGCCGUGGGGAGUAUCUUUGCUGCAUGGGCAACUUCUAGUAAGACGCAAAGUUCCAAAAAGGUAAAUGAAAGCGCUGGAGUCACCUCCGACGGUCGAUCACCCUUACCAGGUUUCGUCAUGGGAGGUUCGGCUGAUGCCCAGACUUCGAAAUUAGAAAACCAGCGCUAUCGUGGUCCAGAUAUACCGCAAGACUACGAGGAAAGGCGACACCAGUUUGGUCCGGACGAGCAUCCCCUUGUCUUUCAAACGUUGUCGAAAGCGGAAAUACUCAAACAAGAGGACGCUCGAAAAGAGGUUGUCGCUCAACAAGCUCUCCUAGACAAUAUCACUAUCCCAGUAUCGAAAGCUGCACCUCCCAAUUCUGACAGGCCAAUGGCAGGCAAGGCGUUUUUCAGCCUUGCUGAAGCCAUGAAAAAUCGGUUUACUCCCGAGGGUGUCCAAGAAACUAACCAAACCGAAGUGGCUAGCUCAGAACAUGCGAGCCAACAUCAUGAUACCACCGACGUUUUAGACCAAGGCAAGGUUGACAAAGGAAACUCAUCCACUGCGAUCAAGGCCGUCUCCGUCCAACGAACCGUCGUUCCGUUUACACCAGCUCCCCUUUUGUGCAAACGGUUUCACGUACCGGCAUUCGCGAGUGACCAAUCACUGACACCUUUUGACACGAAGAUUACCGAAGCUUCCUACUUUCAAGAUGAGAUUUUGAACAAAAUGGAUCGAGCGCAGGCUACCUCUGCGAAGCUAAUGAAGAGGGUACCCGUUCGAACAGAACUACCGCCACUACCACAAUCUGACGAAAUGGGUUUGAAGCGUCGACCGCCCAUGGCUUUAUACAAGUCCAUAUUUGAGCCCGAGUCCGAGGACGCGGCAACGUCAAGUGAAGAGGACGACGAGAAAGACAGAGACGAUACCCCAACAGCCUCUAGAGACGGCGAUUUGCGUUUAGUUGCGUUCAAAGAUGACAUGAUUGAUGAAGACCGCCUUGUACCGUAUGAUGAAUUGAGUGGAAAUGCUGCGAAAGAAAUUUCUGCAAAAGGCAAGCAGCGACGACAGCCAUCAAGAUCUCGAUCACCAGCAAAUAUCAUCCGACCGACAGAAACGGCGUGA